AUGUAUGGGGCGUUUAGAAAGUAUCAGAAGGGUAAUUCUGGUGCGUACACAGAGGAUUACCAUAAAUUACUGGGUAAAACUCCCUGGAUUGUAGUGAAAAACUUAGUUCCUCGUGGUGUUUCCUUGUAUCCGGUGAAUGAAUCAAAACCUCCUGUAGCAGCAAAACCUCACGACGCUGGGCACGUAGAAGGCGAUUUUGAAUGCGAUUCAUCAAUGCCUCCGUCUUUUGAUUCCCGUCUACUCGCCCCGAGUCGCCCGGAUUCUCUUUCAGAGGGAGACGUCGCCACGGCCUUUUCUCAAUUUGGCAACGUCGUCGAUGUUCGUUUUGUUCGGCAUCGAAAGACAGGGCACUUUCUUGGUACCGCCUUCGUUUGCUUUGAAAACUACCUCAGCGGCAUCGUUGCUGCGGAUGAGAUGAAUAGUAAUUUUGAAGAUGGGGAUCCCGUCGUGCUGGAUGUCAGAGGGACGGAGAUGGCUGCCGCGGGCGAUUUAACGGCGGCUCGCGCUCGUGAGUUGGGCAUCGUCGUGGAACGUUGUGAAGAGGUUGAGAUCCCUAGAAUGGGUUCCACUGAGACGUCGGCUAGGGGUUAUGCUGAGUGGGCAAACGGAAAACUAAAGGCAAGACGUGCAAAUUAA